GGAUAGACCUAUUAACAGCGGUGUGGAAUGCAUGGUAUUCGGUCGUCCUAAACACUUUUGUGCGGGGUGUUUUACUGGGUUGUUUCUGUAUUAUGUUUGCUGAUGUGCUCUCUACGUGAAAUCUCUGUAAGAUCUCUGAUGGCUCAGCAGUGUCCACCAUGGAAUCGAGAGACCCCCUAUGAGAAGACAGGACUAACAUGUCAGGCACAGAGCCCACUCUGAACGCCUCAAAGAAGCCAAAGAAAUUAGUAAAUGUGGUAUUACUGACGGGGCAUGAACAGCAAACCUAUGUAGAUGUCAAGGCUAAGUUCCAGGAUGUAUUUAAUCAGGUAGCAGCUCAUUACGGCCUGAGGGAAGUGGAGUACUUUGGCUUGGCAGAGAAUAAAGAUGGGGAGUAUCACUUUGUAAACCUUGAAGAUAAGGUGCACAAACAUGCGCCUAAGUCAUGGAAGUCAACUGCAGGGGAGGGACUGGACAAAUAUGGCAAACCCAUCCUGACAGUUCACUUUAGAGUUCAGUAUUUCGUGGAUCAGGUUGUUUUGCUCAGGGAGAAGAUAACACGGCAGUUGUAUUACCUGCAACUUAAGGAGAAUGUCCUCAAAUACCGGUAUUUGUUCAGUGAGGAACGCUGUUUUCAGCUGGCUGCCUUCUCCCUGCAAACUGACUUGGGCAACUACAACCCCAGUAGACACAGUUCGGAACAGUACUUUGACCCACGCGAGUACUUCCCUGCAUGGGUCGUGGAAAAGCGGGGUACUGAGUACCUCAUGAAAAAUGUACCUAUAAUGCACCAGGAUCUGCGAAAUACAACCAAGAGUGAUGCUCAGUUGAAGUUUAUUCGUGAAGCCUCUCUGUCACCAGCUGCUCAUAACCUUCAUUUUUAUCGCCUGAGAAAAAGGAAAACUGAUAAAGGCUGGAAUGCCUGGAUUGGCAUAUUCCCCAAAGGAGUGGAAAUUUAUGAGGACAGUGCAGAUGGUUUCAAGGACCUUGUGUCUACAUUCUUCUGGCCAGAUAUUGGAAAGUUGUACUUUGAGAAAAAGAAGUUUGAGAUUCGAUCUGUAGGAAGCUGGGAUGGCAGGAAAUUUACUUACUACACAGACUCUGAUGCUAAAUCCAAGUUUUUGUUGUGGCUGUGUCGCUCUACUCACAUGUUUCAAAUGGCAAUUCAGCCAAAACUUAACGAGAUCCGACAUCUAGAUGCAGAAGACAAACGGUAUCGAGAGUCGUACAUUUACAGUGAUGCCCGUGACCUUGCUGCUAGCAGAGGGGUCAGUCCUGCCCGGUCACUGCUGACCCCUAAAAAGACAGGGACCACUGGUCAGAGGUACUCUGUGGUCAGCAACACUAGCUCUAACACCACAUCUGGCAUUGUCAGCGACAAACUUCACAUUAGCUUUGAUGAGAGUGAAGAGUUUGAAGAAGACAGAGUAUCAGAGAUUAUGAUUGACAGCCCUCCCUGUUCCUCAUUGGAUAAUUAUUCUCCUCGACCAGCCAUGGGAACGGCCAUACUGACAACCCCCAAGCAAGGACGAGGGAGACUAGUACCUUUCUCUCCAAAGACACAUACUGGUAUGGAUCGACGAGGGAAAGAAGUGUCAAAGUCUCCAGUGACGCGUACAGGCAGUAACGGAAGCCAGGGUAGUAAAGGCAGUGGCCAUGUGGAGUUGUCUCCCAUCACAAGUAAUGGAAGCUACAGGUCUCGGUUACAACAACAUCAGCAGAUGCUUCAGGGGGCCCGUCUCCAACAGUUGGCCAGUCAACAGCCCCCUUUCACAGGCCAGGGACUACAGACUAAUUCUCCACAGUCAACCACAAAAGGUCCACCCCCCUCCCCAUCUGCCUCUACCAAAAUCCAGCCCUUCAAUUUACCCCUCAAACCACCCGUCAAUACCUCAACAACACAGAGUUUAGGAGCAGCCCCGGUGUACAGCUUACCUCCAAAGACAGGAGCAGCAGCCCAAAGUCCGGCUCAGGUCCGUACCCGCACCCAGGACUCCCCCCAGAGGCCCGUCCUCAGUCAGGGCACGCCUAAAUUACAGGUGAAAUCAGCUGUGCCAGUAGCAGCCGUGGUGGCAAAGCCUCCCAUCCCACCACCCUCAUCCCAGCCUGCAGCAGACAGUGUGUCAGAUGAUGUGAACCUUGUUGCACCACAGUUGGCCGUGCCCCUCUCCCUCCCAGCCCAGCUCUCUGUCCCUCUGUCCAUGCCUCUAUCCAUCACUCCUACAGUCCAGCAACCAUACACUGCUCAGCAAGUCCAGGUGAAGCAGCCCCAACAGUUCCUGGCCCAGCAGAUGUCUCCAGGACAACCCAAACUUCAACAGCAGUAUUACAACCCGGCCACAGAACCGCACCCAAAGGCCACUCCCCCAGUGUCACAAUUCACUGUUCAGCAGCAUAGCACACCCCUGCAGCAGUUUGCUCAGGAGCAGCCUAUCUCACAGCAGCAGUUUGCUGUGCCGUUGUCACAAGCUCAGCAGAAAUUCUCUGGCCUGAAGAAACCUCAACCCAUGUCACAGCAGGGCUAUGUGGUUCAGCCCCAGCCUCACAUGCAGUUUCUGGUGCCCAUGCCCCAGCAACCAUUCUCCGUGGUUCACUCUCAGUCCCAGAAACAAUAUGCUGUCCAGCCUACCACACCCCUGUACUCUGCCCUGCCUUCACCAGCCUCUCAGCCAGCCUUACCCCUGAACCCUGCUCCGAUCUACAGCCUCACCCCCAAGACUCAGUACCCACCACCCAGUCUCCCACAGUAUGCUCCUCCUCCCACUCCCCAAGCACAGUAUGGGCUCCAGGAGAAGCCAGGAAAGUCCUCACGUCCUGCCAGCCGCACUCCAAGUAGAGGGGACAGUUUUAAGAAGAAUCUGGGACCUUUGCAAGUACACAUUAAGUCCAGCAGUGCUCCAUGUGACCCAGCUUCACGAGUUGUUCCUGUUAGCUUGGAUCCCCCCAUUGUGGCAACACCGCCAGAGAUGCUGCCUGUGACCUCUGAUGUGCUACCUACAAGCUCAGACUUUCUGCCAGUGACCUCCGCCCUGUUGCCUCUGACCUCUGACCCAUCACUGGAGACACAAGCACACACCCAUGUCUCAUCAGGGGACAGUGAUGACAUGAUGUCUGUGGAUGAAAAUAUGGCCCUGGCAGAAAUUGACAAAGCGUAUGCCUCACUGUUUGACGCCUAUGGUGAGGACUACCUUAUUUCUGACUCAGAGGAGCCAGCCACAAGCACACUGGAUGCACAAGACACUGCUCUGGGUGCUGUCCAGGGUCAACCUGUUAACCUAUAUCAGAGCACCAGUAAUCCUGCUAAUAACCCUUCUAUACCGUUCAGCUUUGAGGAACUAGAGAGGGCUCUGGACCAGGCACUACAGGCUGCUGCUGCAGAGCAACCCAAUGACCUGGCACAACAGGAAUUAGAUGAGGAGGCUAUAAAAGCUGGACGCACUCGCAUCGCUGUGAAAAAUAAGAAGGAAAAGCUGCACCCGGAGUUAGAGGAGAUCCGUGGUAACGUGAAGCAGUUCUCACUGCCCCUGAUCACAGCUCUAUUUAACGACACUACCUUAGUGCCCUCUACAAGUGGUUGCAGUUCUGACAUGAUGUACGACACCUCAACGAUCUGCUCCACGGACUCGCGCUGGUCAUAUGACACUGACAGUCGCCGCCUGUCCUCCAGCUAUCCCAGCAGCACCGGCACCAUGAUAUCGUUGUACAGUGCAAACCGCCCCUUCAGCUGGCACAGUGAACAGUUUGACCUGGAUGCGCAGUGGGAAGCAUCCAUGAGGAUGUCGAGUCGGCUCCCAGCCCUGCUGGAUAACCACAGGAGUGAGCCCCAAGGCCUCAAUGAAGGCCCUGCCUACUCUAACCCUCCAGUAGCCUCCUGGACACAGGCUAUAGCUUAUGGCAACCGUUACGGACUGCCAUGCAGCUCCCCCGUAGAUCGCUACUCCCCAGAGCUCCUAGCCUCACAGCACAUGAUACCACCAAAGAUCUCUAGUGGAGGUCAUAAUAAACCAGAGAGCAACAUCAAAACAUUAAAGGAGAAUGUGGGGAUAGCUUGACUGGAGAGCUGUUGAGAAGGGAGGUAAAUGUUGUGAUCAGAAUGCCAAACUGAGGAGCUACUUUUGGGGAUUUUUGUUGUUGUGUUUGAGAAAACAAUUAUCAUUAUAUGACAGUUCAUUUGAUGGCAUCACAUAUCAGUAUCUUGCAUGGUGUUAUAUUUGUCAAUUUAACUAUCAUUUUUGUUUUAUAUUCGCAACAUAUCUUUCAGUGCUGUAGAUUUUCAGAAUAAUGGUGUGAAAACUGUUUUAUAAUUAUAUUAUAGUGUACAGACUGCCAUGUGACUGGGUUUUUUAAUCUCAUUUUAAAAAUUAUCUCUGAAUUUUUCCACUUGCUCCUUAGACUUUACAAACUGUUCCUCUUAAAUUUGCAAACUGCUGUUUCAAGAUAGCCGAGACUGAGGCAAGGCAGAGAUAUUCUUUCAUUAAGUUACAGAAUGUUUCUGCAAGACAGCUGAGGUGCACACUGUACUUCAACAUGUUAAAGGCUCAUUUCAUGAGACAGGAAUUUCUCUUGUACUUUGGUUUGCGGAUUGUUUUGAUGGGAUUAUUUCUGAGUUCUGCUGUUAAUCCACACUGCUAAGGGUCAGUGUUGUGUGUAAGGUUGUAUAAUGGCCUAACUGUCAUGUCACUGUGCCAAAAUUGUGAGAAAACACACAGUUUUGUUUUUGUAAAAUAUGUUGAAAAAGUAUCAGUUUCUGAGAUAAGAUAUGUCUCUCACUUUGCUUCAGCAAAAUUUCUGAGAAAAUGUUGUGCCAUAGUCAUAUCCGCUACAUUGUUUUUUUUCCAUUUUUUGGUAAAAUGUGUUUGAAUGUCUGAUUUUAAAUCUUCUUCCUGUAUAUAACCAUUUGAACAAAGUCUUUAUAUUAUAAACUUUGGUACUUUGGUAUUUUGUUUCCAAUUAUCAGUUUGAUAACCACUUUUUUGGUGCAUGUUCAGUUUUGGCUUUAUUUUAUCAUGACUGCUGCAAGGCUAGCGAGAGUAAUUUUUAAAACAAUAUAUGGUAUCAUGUUUUUAUCAGUCUGUUUGAGAUCUGUCUUUUUAUUUUCACUUUUUCUUGAAUCAUUUUUCCACAUCAUUUUGUAGGUGACAAUUUGUCUUUUGUAACUAUAGGAAAAAAUGAGCUUGUGAGACAUGUUGACUACUUCAGCUUAAUUCUGUGAUGUCAGAAGAUAAAAAGAAAUCCUGAUAAAGAUUAACUUAUCAAAUAAAAGCUGUUGUAACUGAUCAUAAUGAUCAUUUAAUGAUAUGCAGCUUUGGUAUAGAUGUUUCCGUUGUGGUGGCAAGGGACAUAACUUUUGAGACCUACAUUUAGAAAAUGAUUUAGUUUUUGGAAACUUAAUUUGGUGAUUUGGAGUAGAAAUCUCAUCAUGCCAGCACUUGGUGCAUAUCUUGAUUCAUUCUAUGCAGGUGGUCCUUUGUGGACAUCGUCUGUGCAGGGAACGUUUUGAUGAUGUCUGUGUUAGACUCUUAUGUAUUCUAUGCAGGAAAUACUUUAAUGCCCUCCUGGCAGCAAACACCGUAACGUGGUCUACGCAGGGAAUACUUUGAUAAAUAUGUAAUCAGUGCAGGGAAUACCUUCAUGUAGUUCUUAUAGGGAAUAUUUUGAGGUUUUUGCAGGAAUGAUCGAAGGUUUUCUUGACAGAAAAUACAUGGAGGUUGUCUUUGCUGCCAGUACUUUGAGGUUGUCUUUGCAGGGAGCAAACUGCGGCUGUCUUUAGGUAAUACCUAAAGGGUGGUCUUUGUGGGGAGCACAUUGAGGUUAUCUUUAUAGGUAAUACUUUGAGGUUUGUCUUUACAAGGAGUACUUUGAGAUUGUCUCUGCAAAUAGUACUUGGAGGAUGUCUUUACAAGUAGUACUUGGAGGAUGUCUUUACAAGUAGUACUUGGAGGAUGUUUUUGCAAGGAGUACUUGGAGGAUGUUUUUGCAAGUAGUACUUGGAGGAUGUUUUUGCAAGGAGUACUUGGAGGUUGAAUACCACAGGUAGAUCAUCAAGAUGCAUGGUUUCUGAUUAGAUAUAGCGCUUCAAUGAAUGAAGACAUCUGCUGUCUUCAUGCAUUGGCUGAAGAAGGUGUAAUAAAGAAAUUAUUUGCUGUAUAAUUACCCAGUAAUAUGUCAUCUCACCUGUAGAUGUCAGAAUUGAUCUUAUACAGUUACUGGUAAACAGUUGUGCGUGAAAACAGUGUGUUUGUAAUAGUUAGCAUUGUCCCGUAUUUGCCAAAGUUGUUGAAUUACCUACAUAAUGCCUUAACACAUUACUUUUUUUCUUUUAAAUUUCUCUUUAAUACAGUGUAAUCUGUAAAUGUAUGUUAAUGUUUUUUGAUAACACGGUAACUCCAAACAUGUAUAAUCAAAAUCACAUUUGUACAGGUUUAUCCUUCUCAUUUUUAUUAUCAUUUUUAUAAUUUGAUAUCAUGUUAAACAAAGCCAUAUAAUAAUUUGAUAGGCAUGAAGACUAAUUCCAUUUUGAGGUUUGUAGUUUUGAUGCAUUUAUAAAGUAAUCUGGCUGGAAAGCAAGAAGUUGUAUAUAUUGGAAAUGUGAAACUUGUCUUCCAUCAUUAAUGUGCAUUAGUAUUGUUCCAUUUUUAUGUCACUAUAGAAUUGAGUACAUAUUUCCUGUGUUGUGACAUGAAUUCCUAAUGGCUUGUCAAUUUGUAUGACUGAAGACUACGCAUAUAUUACUUGGGCAGAGGCACUAUGGCAUAUAUCCAGUGUAGGGCCAGGGUAAUAGCACUUGAUCCAAUUUUGGUAGGGGGCCUUUUCAACAUGCACUAAGCAUCAUAUGAGUUUUCUUUUCCCUUGUCUUUGAAUAAGCUGCUGGAUAAACCCAAAUAAUGGUGAUUAGGCAGCAGUUAAAAUCAUAGAGAACUUCAUGUUCAAUAGAGAAUGUCCAGUCGUCUCUUCAAUGCAAGGUAGAGAUUUGUCAGCGAUUUCAUCAUGUGCAACAUUUUGCAAGGUUUUUUAAGAAGGCAAUGUUUCAGCAAGCUCAGAGCAAUGCUUCUCAUCCAAAAAUAUUUUUUCGCUCUACUUUCGUUGUGCAAGUUUUCCAACUUGGCCACUGACUAUAUCCCAGACUGAGGAUCUAAGCCGUGCUACUGGUUACAUGGCUUAGAACUUUGCCUAAUUUGUCACUGUCUCCUGGACAGUAUUGAGAAUCUACUGCUACUGGGUACAUGUUUUAGAAUGUUCCCUAAUUGGUCACUGACUCUCAUGGACAGUGUGUAGAAUCUCUACCGUGCUACUGGGUACAUGUAUUAGAACUUUGCCUAAUUGGUCAUUGACUCUCACAUGGACAGUAUUGAGAAUCAAUACCUUGCUACAGGGUAUAUGUUUUAGAACUUUGCCUAAUUAGUAAACUGACUGUCUCCUUGACAGUAUUGAGAAUCAAUACCUUUUUACUGGGUAUAUGUACUAAAACUUCACCUAAUUGGUAACUGACUGUCUCCUGGACAGUAUUGAGAAUCAAUCCCUUGCUACUCAGUACAUAUUUUAGAACUUUGCCUAAUAGGUCACUAGCUGUCUCCUGGACAGUAUUGAGAAUCAGUACCUUGCUAUUGGGUACAUCUUUUAGAAUUUUGCCUGAUUGGUCACUGACUGUCUCCUGGACAGUAUUGAGAACUUUGCCUCAACUUGCCACUCACCAUGACUUGGGUGGGAUUGAGGAUAUAGGCCAUAUAUUUGCUACUGGGUGCAUGUUGUAGAAGUUUAAUUACCAUAACUGACUAUAAUUUGGACAGGAUUAAAGAUCUAAGCCUGCUGCUAUUUGCAUAAUUCAAAGUGAUCUAAUGUAGAGUUUGGGCAGGAGGUGGGGGGUAGGGGUGUUGUAGUCUGUGUACAUGUUCUAUUGCACUAUACAUCUACUGUUCCCAUGAGACAAACUUGAAAUAAUCUUGUGAAACCAGAGUCCGGAAGUUUGGAAGCAUCUAGUGACUUGCAAUGAUACAUAUACGCUGGGUGUUAAUAGAAAAUGUUACACCAGGUGACCUGCCAAUUACUAUCAGUCAUACACUCUGACAAUAUGUUAAGUGCCCUCCAAUCAUUGCCAUAUACCAACUCGUCAUAUCUAGGAUUUUUUAAAAUGAUAUGCCAAUAAAUGCCAGAUACUAACCAUGUUUGUACAUAGUAGUCUUCAGUGAAACUUGUCAUUAAUGGUCUAUUUAAGCAUAUUUAAAAUUUUAUCUUUUAUAUUUAAAGUGUGAUAUUUUUAAGCUUUCCAUAAUUGUAUAAUAUUUAUGGAGCUUCUGGUAUAUUUUUGUUUCCAUUUGUAAGUGUUGUGUUUCGUGUAGGUAACUGUCAAAAGCCUAUAUGUUGUACAUAUUGGUAUGUACAAAUGCAGUAUUUUUUAGUAUACAAGUAUACAUACCUUUUUCCAUGCUGAACAGAUAAUCAUGUUAUAUAUAGAAGUUCACAUGUUUGAUGAACAGGGGAAUUUUCAAUACUGGUUACAUUUGCUGAAACUUUGGUUCUGAUUUACUAUUUUAGCUGCCAGUGAUUAUAAUAUAUUAAUUUUUUUUUUUUUUUUAUGGAAAUUCUAUGGAAGUAUGUAAAAUGAACAUAGAGACAUGUUCUUUUACUAUCUGUCUUACCACUUAAAUGAUCAACUAUAGGAACUUGCAUUAAAUCCUCUGUAUUAUUGAAAAAAAUUGUUUUAAGAAGUUGUCUCCCCUGGUAAUAUCCAUAAUAGUUCUCUCACUUGAAAUUUCCAGGAGUGCAUCACUGUGUAAAAGACAUACAUUUUAAGAGCGCCCUAAAUCUUUGAGAGUUCCCACAGGCUGAAGGUUGUUUGUGUUUUUAUAUACAUUUUUUGAAGCAUAGUAAAUGGAUCGAAAGCCUUGUUGUUUCAGGUUUCGUUUCGUUGUUAACUUUAUAUCAGUUAUUACUCAGAGCGUAUGAUAUUAUAUACAAUAUUCCUGCCCCACAGCCGAAUGUGGACACCCCAUUGUACACGUGAAAGGUUAAUAAAUUUGUUUAUCUCAUUUGUAUAACUAAA